AUGCCUUCACCCGGCGUUCCAUUCCUGGCAGGAUCCCUUGCGUUGCUGGCGGGAUUGCUGGCCAUCUACUUCCAACCCGUCACCGACUUCCUCCUCCAAAGAGUGAUCCAAUAUGGACUCCCCAUAUCCCAGCCCAUUGUCGUGGACACAGCCCGCAAUAUCACAUACAGAGGCAGCUACUCCGCAACCGGCGUCGAGCAUUUCCAGAAUAUCUUCUACGCCGAGGACCCAUCGGGCCCCCGCCGCUUUGCGCCCCCGGUCCCCACUCGGCCGUCUCCCGGCGCCGUGAUCGACGCUACGGCUCCGGGCGCGUGGUGUCCGCAGGGUACCGGGGAUGUGCUCCCGUUCACGAGUGUUGUCGCCAAUAUCAGUGAGAAUUGUCUUAGUCUGCGCGUUGCGCGGUCGCGUGGUGUGAAGGCGGGCGCGAAGCUGCCGGCCGUAGUGUGGAUUCAUGGCGGUGGCCAUGCCUUGGGCUCGGCUUCUGAGAUCCUCUACCAUCCCGAUGGCUUGAUCACCCAGGCCCGCGCGGAUGACCAGCCUCUGAUUUACGUGGCUAUCAACUAUCGCCUGGGCCUUUUCGGGUUCGCGAGUAGUGAGGCAUUGGUCAAGGCCAAACAUACUAAUGCGGGACUGCGGGAUCAACGCGCUGCCCUUGACUGGGUUCGGGACAAUAUCGAAGCGUUUGGGGGUGAUCCUAACAGAGUGACCGCCAUGGGUCAGAGCGUAGGCGCGAGUGAUAUUGGUCUACACCUGACGGCCUUUGCCGGAGAGCGCGGGGCACCCUUCCAGCAAGCAAUAAUGAUUUCCGGUGGUCCGGGACUCAACUUAAACACCAAAUCCGACUUUGUAGCCCAAAACACCGCCGCCAUCGCCAAGCAAGUCGGCUGUACCGUAGACGACAACAGCCAGUCCGAAAAGACUCUGCAGUGUCUCCGAGAAGCCCCAGUGGAGGCAUUGACUAACCUCUCGGUGACGGCAGCUCGCAGCUCUCGCCCACCAUUCGGCGAGGGCUUCUUCUACCCGACCUAUGAUGGCGACUUCAUCCGGGGCCGGCCAUCGGAGCUGAUGCGAGCCGGCAAGUUCGUCAAAGGCGUGCCGGUGAUCGCCUCGUGGGUCAGCAACGACGGGGCCUGGUAUGCGUCGCCGCCGACCUCGACGGACGAAGAAGUUCUGGCAAGUUUCGGGCUGUGGCUCUUCGGGCUCAGCGAGGAGACCAAGCAGAGACUGUUGGCGCUGUACCCGCUCCCGGAUUUCGAGCAUAUGGUGCGGCCUCAGUAUGAUGGCCCGAUCUCGGCACAGUAUUACCGCGCCGCGCAGAUGAACCGUGAUAUCUGGUUCACUUGUCCCGUGUUGGACUUUGCCUGGCAGUACAGUAAACACGGCGGCGUGGCCUCGGACCAGGUCCGCGUCUACGAGCACAAUGCCACUAGUGAUAUCCCGUAUGUCAUGAACUCGGCCCAUCUGGAAGGUGGCUCGGAUAAUUCUGCUGCUCAGAAGGCCCUGGGGAGGGCUGUCAGUCGAGCCAUUGCUAGUUUUGUGGCUGGCGGCACUCCUGAAAGUACAGGCGAGGGCCGCGUGCGGGUUUGGCCGGGUGCUUUCGAUGGUGCGACGGCGAAAGAGUGGGCUGAGGAUGCCCCGAGCAGGCUGACGCUGCAGCUUUUUGGUGGUCCCUAUGGCACGCGCCCGGUAACUGUCAGCGAUGGCUCUGAUCCAGAUGCUGCCACUACUGCCGAAAAGGCUGUCUACUGGGAGAAAGUCCUGACACGCUGCGAGUUCAUCAAUAGCCGCCGCGUGAGGGAUGAGGCGGGU